ACAAGGCGCUGCUAUACAUUGUUGGAAACGUGGCUGCUGCAAGUUUGUGUCGAGUUUUACUGCAUUGAUUAAAAUACCUAACUAUUAAAAUAAAGUUUAAGUUUAUGACGAAUAAAACUGUUAAGUUGCUUAUCAAGCAGAGUAUGAAAACCAAUGAAUCAAAGGUUUGAGGGCUGGAUUUGUUCUUUGAUCUCACAGAAGGCACCAUGCCAAAUCUCAACUGUUUUGGCUCUAUAUAACUUUGAACAAGCAAAAUGAUUCUCCGGAUAUGUGCCACGUUGUUGAUACUCGUGCCCCUGAUCAGUGCCCAGCAGACCUUCGGGAAGCAACUGAAACACGUGGUCCGAUGGAAAUCGCUCGAUUUCGUGUUCCCUUCUCCGAGGGAACGGGAACAGGCACUCGCCUCUGGGCGCUUUAUACCGGAAAACUGCAUUCCCCUGGAUAUGGACGUCGACUAUAAUAGCAAUUCACUUCGUUCUCGAGUGUUUGUAACGGUGCCCCGGUUUAUCGAGGGGAUUCCUGCUACACUGAACACGAUUUCAGCGCAGCAGGGAUCCUCCGCGCCGUUACUGGAGCCCUAUCCCAGUGCUGCCAUCCAAUCCAAUCCGGAAGAUCCACGGUGCAACGGGAUCGUUUCUGUCUUCCGCACCACGAUCGACGAAUGUAACCGGCUCUGGAUUGUGGACACUGGCAAAAUAGGAGAUCGGCGGAUAUGUCUACCGAAGAUCGUUGCCUUCGACCUACGGACCGAUCAGAUUAUCCACCAGUAUCAGAUCCCCGCCAACCAGUUGAUGUGUGAUGUAUCGCUUCUAGUCAGUAUACUUGUCGAUGUAAGAGACCCCCCACCAAUGGGAUCCUGUUCCAAUACAAUGGCUUAUGUGGCGGAUGUUCUGGGUUUUGGGAUGAUUGUCUACGAUAUGGCUCGUGGAAAGUCAUGGCGUGUAACAAACAAGCUGAUGAACCCCAAUCCAGAUUACGGAACGUUCAACAUUGCAAACGAGAGCUUUGAUCUCAUGGAUGGUAUGAUCACCAUGGCUCUAAGUCCGAAAAAUCCUGUCGACAUCAGCACUUCGGAUUUCAGCUUCAAUUCAGCCUACGCCACAGCCUCAAGGCCAAGGCCACCGAUUAUAAACGAUCGACUCCUGUUCUUCCACGCGUUGGCUUCGAUUUCGGAAAAUGUCGUACGAACGUCAGUUCUGCACAAUGACACCAUGUGGGAGGAUGAUGUUGGGGCCAGCCCGCAGUCGUUCAGCGUUAUAGGGCGAAGGACGUCCCAAAGUGCCCCCCAGGCCAUGGACAGCAACGGGAACCUUUUCUUCGGAUUGCUCAACCAGAUGUCGAUAGGUUGUUGGGAUUCCACCACCAAUUACAAUCCGCACAACCUGAAGAUAGUAUCACAGAACCCAGAAACGCUACAAUUCGCCAGUGGCGUUAAGGUCAUCCGCAACCGGAAGGGCGUUGAAGAGCUGUGGGUGAUGACCUGCCGGUUUCAGAAAGUGAUGACCGGUACGCUGAACAUGAACGAAACAAAUUUUCGCAUUCAAGCCAUCCAAAUUCCGGAACUAUUGAAUGGGGCACGGACGUGCAGGACACAUUGCCCAGGAUGUUAGAUAUAAGGCAUAAAGUGAGGUGAAUAAAGCUAUAGUGAUCUUAA